UGGCAGGCGGACGGACACGCUGCAGGAUUUACUGCAAGGAGAACAGAGACCGUUUGACUGUUUCACACUGAACUGGACCAACAGCACUUGCAAAAAUGGUUGAUGCUUUCUGCGCGACAUGGAAACUGGUCGACAGCCAGAACUUUGAUGAAUACAUGAAGUCACUUGGUAUUGGUUUUGCCACAAGACAAGUGGGCAAUGUCACCAAACCCACAGUAGUGAUGAGCCAGGAUGGGGAAAAACUUGUGAUUAAAACCCUGAGCACCUUCAAGAACACUGAGAUCUCCUCCAAACUUGGAGAGGAGUUUGAUGAGACCACGGUUGAUGACCGGCAUGUCAAAUCUAUCUUCACCAUGGAAGGAGACAAACUAGUGCAAGUGCAGAAGUGGGACGGCAAGGAGACCAAAUUUGUCAGAGAAAUCAAGGAUGGGAAGCUGGUGGCGACUUUGACUCACGAGGGAGUCCAGGCGGUCCGCACAUAUGAGAAAGCCUAACUUCCCCAUCCACUUCCAUGAGCAAAUCAUUCAUGCACUGCAAACGAUCAACAAGGUGUUCUCCUGUUUGUUUUACAGUAUGCAGUGAUUUGCACUUGAUUUGCUAUUGUAAAAUGAGAUACAUAUUUUGGGAAAUCUUUUUUGUAAGAAAUUCAGACUGUGAAGGGCCUAAAACUGUUUUGAUCAGUGUAUGUUAAAAAUGGAAAAAUAAACUACUUGUCUAAACCU